AUGGCAAAUCAAGGAGAACAAGAAACGCGAACUCUGGGAGAGACAGGUGAAAUGCUGAGAGAUAAGGUGCUACAGAUUGAAAAGCUCCUCCAGAAAAUAGAGAGGAAAAUUGAGGAAGUAGAUAGAUUACUAGAAGAGGUUGUGACGCCUAGAGAAGGGACUCCGGAAGGAGCGAAUGAAAACCAAGGAGCCAGAUCAGUCCUGUGGGUGAUGGAAUCAGACCCACAAGAAGAGUGGGAGCCUCAACAGGAAGCCUCCGAAGCCAUUGAGGAGGAAGAACCCAUAGAGGAAGAAGAACCAGAAGAAGAAGAAGAAGAGGCCCAAGAUAAGGAGAGAGAAAAAUUAGAGCCUGUCGACAUAGAGGUCGAGGGAGAAGAGAAACCAUUUGAGAUGUUCCCCGAGUUCCAAGAAGAAGAGAAUGAUGUGAAUGAUGAAUCUGACUACUAUGCCCCAACUGACGAGGGGUCUAACGUCGAUGCACCCUCACCCAUGAUGGUACUUGUGGCCUCUACUAUGGCAUCAGAGAAUUUUGCGAGGGUAGGCCCUUCCGAACCAGCAUGGUAG